AUGGAGAAACAAACAAAAGAUAUAUAUUGUCGAGAGGAGCUGCCGCUUGCGACGAAUCAGAGCAGUUCCCAGCGCCGCCGACCCUUCUCCCGGAUUGUCAGCUUCCUGGGCGUCAUUUCAUGCCUUUGGCUGGCGCUCCACUGGUUUCCUAUUAUUCUUCCAAAGCUCAAGCUCUCCUCUUGUUAUCACCAUGCGCAAUCGAAUCACGACGUGACCUCCCUAGAUGACGCCCAAGGAUCGUGGAUAAAUCCGGUUCUUGCGGACUCGGAACGAAUACCAUUUGAAGCUCACAUUAUGAGCAAAUGCCCGGAUGCGCGGGAUUGCUUACGGGAGCUUGUGGUACCUACAAUGGAGCGAGUCGGUGACAAGGUCGAUUUUGAGCUUUCAUUCAUCGCAAGCGUCUCCAACAAGUCUUCGGAUGUCGAGUGUAUGCAUGGACCGACCGAAUGCAUUGGUGACAUGCUUAUGCUCUGCGCUGCGAACCUUCCUUUUUCUCAAGAGACCAGUGCCGACCAGGUUGCGACGCUACAAACACCCCCCGUCCGAUACCUUGGAUUCUCGAACUGCCUCAUCAGCAACUACGAAGAUAUUCCGGACCGAUCACUGGUCGAACAAUGUGCUUUGGAAUAUGGUAUCGACUUUGAGGCCUUGAAUGAAUGCGUCAGUCAGCAAGAUGAUAAUCCUAACAAGGGCGACCAAAACGAUCGACUGAGCGGCGUGGCCCUUUUGCGGAAGAGCGCCCGCCAUAGUGCCGAUCUCGGCGUUAAGACAAGCUGCACAGUUCGUGUAGACGAUACUGUUUGGUGUGUUCGCGACGGCGGAGCCUGGAAAGAUUGCGCCCAGGGUGGCGAAGGCAGCCAGGUGUCAGUACUUGUCGAGCAGAUUGAGAAGCUUUGGAAGCAGCGAAAUUGA